AAAAGCUCAGUUUUUGAUUUUUUCUUUUUUGUUUAGAAACCAACAAAAGUCAUACAAAGUCGAAAUCAUGCCGCUCGUCCCCGUCUACACGCAAACCGUCGAAUCCGUGCUCCUGGGCAUUGGCGAAGGCAUUACGCAGCUCAUGAUCAUUCAGGAGCAGGCUGCCAAGGCGAACGCAGCCAUGCCGGAUCUCACAGGCCCUGCUGCGAGCGUGUCGGCCGCCAUCCUCAACCUGGCAAAGGAGGCUCGCUCGCUCUCGGAGGAGACGGAUGACGAGCAGGUCCGUGUGGACUUGAAGAAGGCCUCGACGAUUGUCGACCAAGCCGUCAACGACCUCAAUUCCGCUGCCGCCAAGCUCAAGGCUGCACCGACCGACAAGACUGCCUCUCUGCAGCUCGUGGAAGGUGGUCGCGGCACUGUCAACGGAACGGCUGCGCUUCUCGACGCCUUUGACCAGUCGGAUGUCCGAAACAUUCUCAAGCAGGCCCAGGUUGUCCUCUCCCAGCUGGAGACCAUGCGCCCCUGCAAGACUGAGGCAGCCCUUGUCGACGGCGUGCGCACAAUCUCGACCCAGUUGCUCGAUCUGGCCCAGCUCACCGAGGAGCGCCAGCAGUCGCUGACCCUCGCCAAGCUCAAGCAAGAGCUGGUCGACGCCAACGACGUGCUCCGCAACCAGUCGCCCUCCAUUCUGCUUGCCCUCAAGCUGUACAUUAUGAACCAGUCGUCCCCCGAUACUGCCACCAACCGCGACAACUCGUUCAACCGCCUUCGCGACUCGGUCAACGAGAUUACCCGUCUCGUCCAGCUCAAGUACUACGGCGUCGACGACAAGGCCAACCCCACCAUGGGCACCGCCUUUGAGAGCCUCCAAAUGCAAGUCGCUCGCAUUGCUGCCAACCCCAACCUUGCUGCCGCCGCACUUGCGCCGCACGGCGACUUUGCCCGCCAGCUCGACGUCAUUGUGCAGCAGGCCCAGCAGCAGGCGAACGCUCAUGCGUCCUCGCCCAUGCGCGCCGACAUUCUCGGCCACAUGCAGCGCGUCCAGGCCAUUCGCGACGAGGCUGCCCAGCUUGCCGAGCGCAUCAAGGCCAACCCGAGCGACGAAGUUGCGCAGGCUCGCUUUGCCGAGCUCAUGGACGAGCUUCCCCGCGAGCUCCGCCUGCUCGAGAAGGCACUUGCCGACGACGCCAUCCACGCCCAAAUGGCCGUGUUUGCCAACGUUGCCGAGCCGCUCUCUGCGAUCGUGCAGGCAGCCCAGAGCGGCAACGCUGCUGACGUCAACGCGGCCGGCGUUGAGCUCCAGAGCCAGACCGCCACGCUGGUCAAGGCGUCGCGAACGGUUGCUUCCAACGCUCCCGACUCGGAAGUCAGCAAGGAGAUUAACACGCUGUCCAAGCAGCUUGAGGAUCUCGUUCCCCAGAUUGUCGUUGCCGCGCGCCUUGUGGCUGCCAACCCCGACGACCAAGCGGCUCGUGCCAACCUCGACCUGCUCAUGAAGAGCUGGGACAGCAAGGUUGCCCGCCUCAACGAGCUUUCCGAGCAGGUCGCCCAGCCCCACGCCUUCCUCGAAGUCGCCGAGCGCACCAUUGCCGCCGAAGUUGCCAAGGCCAAGGCCGCCGUCACCGCUCAAGACAAGCCCAGCUUUGACAAGGCCGUCAAGAACAUUAAGGCAACCGCCGCUCGUGCCGGUCGUCUUGCUGCUGCAGAGGAAAAGAACACUGACGAUGCCGAUUUCCGCAAGAAGAUGGCCGAGCGUCGUGCGCGUAUUGAAGCCUCCAUCAACGGCUUGGAGCCGACCAUGAACAAGGCCUUCACCUCCCGAAACGCUGCCGAUAUCGACGCUGCAGUGCAGCCUGUUACCUCGAGUGUCUCGGAACUCAAGAAGGAGAUUGCCCAGUCUCAAGGCAUCGAGGCUUCUGGCUCUGGCUCUGGCGCAGGUGCUGCUGGCGCCGGCAGCUCACAGGCUGGCUCUGCCUCUUCGACUGCCAUUGCCAACGAGGUUCGCAAGUCAGAGGAGAAGCAGGUUGCGGAAAUUGCUGCUGCCGCCGGCGUUUCUCCCCAAGCUGUUGCCAGCCAUCCCAUUUCUAUUGCUGCAGGCAACCUCAAACUUGUCGCCAGCCGAUGGGACGCCAAGAACAACGCCCUCGUGCAGGCGGCCGACAAGAUUUCGGAAAAGAUGCGCACCAUGGCGGCAUUCUCCAUGCAGCCCAACAACAAGAAGGACAUGAUCGACAUGGCCAAGUCGAUGGCUAGCGAGGUUGCCGAGAUUGUCAAGCUCGCCAAGGCCGCUGCCGAGCAGUGCUCCGACCGCCGACUGAAGGCCAACCUCCUGCAGCUGUGCGACAAGAUCCCAACCAUCUCGACCCAGCUGCGUAUCAUUGCCUCUGUCAAGGCUGCCAACCCAAGCGACAGCGACGCCGAAACCCAGCUUAUUGCCGGCUCCAAGAACCUCAUGGAUGUCGUCACCGAGAUUGUCAAGGGCACCGAAGCUGCUUCGCUCAAGUCGUUCUCCAGCGUUGCCUCCACCGCAAACGUCGCACUUCAGUGGAAGCGCAAGGCUCUUGGCCAUUAAUUCAUCUUCUGCGAGCUCUUUUUUUUUUUUGUUUGCUUACUUGACUGCCUUGACCCCCCUCCUCGCUUUGCUUUUGCGUUCUGUUGUACUUUUGUGUAUUGUGCCGCUCUUUGUCUUUUGUGUUUGACUUGUGUCUUUUCUCCACCAACCAAAAUUUGUGUGGGCUUGGCUCCCAACUUUAUCAAUUUCGGUGUUUGAUGUGCUUUGCCAUUAAAUGGAGUCGUUUAUGAACAA